AUGGCGCCCCCGCCGGAUCAGCCCGCCGCCGUCGCGCGCCACGAGCGCAGGCUCUCCGCCUCCACCUCCUUCCCGUCGCCCGCCGCGUCGCCGGCGCGCUCCACCUCGUCCUCGUCCACCAAUUACCUGCCGGCGUCCAACAAGCUGUCGUCCGAGAGCAUCCCCUUCGCGGUGCCCGACCUCUCGUCCUUCUCCUCCUCCUCGUCCUACGAGAGCUUCUUCCACAUCGAGGCGUCCGACCUCGCCGGCGGCGGCUCCGGCGACUACCUGGACUUCGAGCCGACGACGCGGGCGCCGCCCACGGUCCAGACGAUGGUGCCGCCGGGGCAGCAGCAGAGGCCCGAGGGCGCCGGAGCCGCGUACGACCCCAAGCGGCUCCCGUCGUCCAUCUUCCGGACGCGGUCGACGACCCCCGCCGACUGGAGCGCCACCUCCAACGAGUCGCUCUUCAGCAUCCAGCUCAGCAACUCCAGCGACCUCACCGCGUUCUACGCCGACAUGUACUACGACGCCGCGGGGUUCCCCCACUUCCCUCCCAUGGGCGGCGAAGCGGCCCUAAAGCAUUCGGAGUCGUCGGUGCGCUCGGGGGGGCUCUGCGUCAGGCACGACUGCGCCAGGUGCAGCGGCAGCGGCGGCAAGACCAGGAAGUCCGUCAGGUUCGCCGCCACCGAGAGCGUCUCCACCACCGAGGGCAAGCACGCCGUCGUCGUCUCGACGCUUGAGGUUGCCAUGGAGGAGGAGAAGGUUCCGGCGUCGGCAAAGAAGGCCCCAGCAGCGGGGUGGUGCGAGUUAGGGUGCUGUUGGCCGUCGCCGACGACGUCGUGGUGGCCUCGCUGCUGCGUGUGCUGCGGCUGCGGCUGCCAAUGCAAAUGGUGGCUUUGA